AUGCUACAUACGCAUUUACUUAAUGAGGCACAAUCAAGUGGAAUACUCCAUCGUAACAUUGAUGACGAGGAUGAUUUACCAACACCAGUGGAUGAUAUGGAUGGUACAUUUGUUGAUCAAAAAGAUGAUACGAUUGAUCUUGUUGAUAGCGACGUAAUUCCACUUAUUGAAAAGUUAACGGACGGUGUUGUUUCUAAUGCUAUAGUUGUUGCACCAUGUGAUAAUUACACGCCUUUAUCAAUACAAGAAUAUUAUAUGGAUUUUAGUACAACAUUAUCAUCAACGUCUGGUCAAGUGUCUGAUGCUGAAACAUUAGCAGCUGGUUCAAAAUUUUGUUUACAGUUUACAUUAAGUGCAAGGAUAGCUGCACAAUCGACAAAUUGUGGUUCAGUCGGUAAACGACGACGUAAAAAAUGUAGCAAAGGAAGUAGGUGUUGGGGUGGUGUGACUUGGCCAACAGCAACACUGGCUUCGGCAGUCACAAUGCCAACAAAAUUAACAACCACUAUUUCUAGUUGUGCGAUCGUUCAAGUACCAGUUAAUGUUAUGACGGCAAUAAAUAUAUCUGUGCUUGAUGCAAUUAAUGAUUAUUUAAGAUGUCGUUGGGCUAAAAAGUCACCAAAAGAUGAAUGCGGAGACGUAUGUCAUAUGGUUUCAGGUGGAACAUUAGAUAGAGAUAAUUGUAUAUUAAGUUUUAAUAGUAUUGGUAAAACAGUUGGUCAGAAUUAUGCAGUCGCUCUAAUGGUUGAAGAUUACUGGAAUGAAACAACUGAUGUUUCAUUUAGUUCUGCAUCCAUAUAA